AAAGAGGUUUUGAGAAGGUUUCCAUUAGUAAAGAUAACAUCACAAAACUACCCAAAGCGCCGUUUUUUUUUUGGGAGGAUUUCUUGGCCUCUCAGAACACAACACCAAUCACUCCCUUCAUUUUCAAAUUUCUCAACAAGAUUGCUGCUGCACCCUUCUCAGAUCAUAUGGUACUCUGAGGAAAAAUCCAUCGAUUUCCCAAGCUUAUCUCCUCAGAUCUUGAGGGAUGGAGAAGGAUGGGAAGAGCAGUAAAAGUAGAGAGUCGGAGUUUGUGCUGCAGUGGGGGAACAAGAAGAGGCUUAGAUGUCAGAAGGUGAAGGUCAAGAAAGAACGAACCUUUGAUGACAACAACAUGCCCAAAUCCAGGAAACUCAAAGACUCUCCCUCUCCACUACUUCAGCGCAUCAACAACAGGAGCUCAGCGCCACCAAUGAAUAGUAGGAAGUUAUUUAUCACAUCUCCAGAGAAGGAAGAUAGGUAUUACACAACUAGGGGUUCCUUAGGCUUAGAUGAUAAUGGUAAGAUGUUAGGAUUAGAUCACCAUGGUCAUGCAGUGGAGGAUAAAGGAAGCAAUGUGUGGCCUAAAUUGUUCCUAUCAUUGUCUAGCAAAGAAAAGGAAGAGGAUUUCAUGGCAAUGAAAGGGUGUAAGUUACCGCAAAGGCCCAAGAAAAGAGGAAAGUUGCUUCAAAAGAGCUUACAUUUGGUAAUGCCAGGUGUAUGGUUAUCAGAUUUGUGCCGAGAGAGGUAUGAAGUGAGGGAGAAGAAGACUUCCAAAAAGAGAGCCAGGGGAUUGAAGGCUAUGGGAAGUUUGGAUAGUGAUUCAGACUGAGAGCUUGACCAUUUGAAAAAGCAAACACAGCUUUUUGGAUUAGUUACGAGACUCCAGUAGACAACCAAGGGACAUGAUCAAAGCCGGCAAAAAUACAAUGAAACACAUGGUGUGAUCUGUAUUCCUGUGGUUGUCUGUGUAGAAAUUUCUCUCAUUUAAUAUUUUGGAAACAUACGUUGGAAAAAUAAAUUGUCAUUUGCCUCGGUUCUGUGUUU